AACGCCUCCGCCGAGCACGCGCGCACACGCACCGCAAAAACCCAGGAGCCCCCCGCCGGCUGCCUCUGCGCACCCUGCGCCCGAAGCCGCGGAGCCCCCGCCGGGGCGGGCCGGUGGCGGCGGGGCCGAUGCCGGUGCGGGCUGCAUCUGCCAGGACGCGGGCGGCAGCGCGGGAAAGUGCCCCCAGUCCCCGCCCCCCGGCGGCCCCGAGCCGGUUUGGCGCGAACCGCCAGUCGCCUCGUGCCAGCCCCGCGCGCCGCCGCCCGGCUCCCGCCGCCAUGGCUCCCCGGCGCCCGCAGAGACAAGGUUGUUCGGGAAGGAAAAACUUCACAGCAUUCCGAAAUAUGAAACUGAUUCCCAUGGAAACAUCCUCGUCCUCUGAUGACAGUUGUGACAGUUUUGGUUCUGACAAUUUUGCAAACACAAAACCCAAGUUUAGGUCGGAUAUUAAGGAAGAACUGGCAAAAAUUUUUUACGAAGCCUCUGAUGAUGAAUCCUUCUGUGGCUUUUCAGAAAGUGAGAUUCAAGAUGCAUUGAAACUGGAAUCCGAUUCAGAGGAGAAUGAUGUAAAUACUGAAAACAAGGUAAUUCAGCGAAGACAGGAAUGCUCUGUUCCUCUAAAAGUAGCUAUGAAGUUUCCACCCCGGAGAUCGAAAAGGAGGAAGGAUGAGAUGGACUCGCUUCCUGAGCAGCUGAUGCCUGUUCCAGAUUCAGACUCUGACUCUGAAGAAAAGGGGUCUGUGUUUUUAGAAAAAAGAGCUUUAAACAUAAAGGAAAACAAAGCAAUGCUUGCAAAACUAAUGGCUGAGUUACAAAAUGUUUCUGGUAUCUUUGAUGGGAGAAGAUCAUUGUCAACUGCCAGUCCUGGACCAAAGCGACUUCCAAGACGUUCAUUUCCCAAAAGUGCUUUGAGGAGGAACCCAGACCGGAGUUCUCGGCCUCACACGAGAUCAAGGUCAUUGAUUGAAGGUCCACCUACUCCUUUACCAGAAGAUGAUGAUGAUGAUGAUGACCGGUACAUCUUAGUGAGAAGAAGAAAGAUGUCUGACGAGUACCUAGAGCAUGAAGCCCAAACUCCCAGGAGAGGUCACCGUGGUGCCAUGGCUCUUCCACACAUUGUGCGUCCAGUUGAGGAGAUAACAGAGGAAGAGCUGAAUAAUAUUUGCGGAUCUGCGAGAGAGAAAGUGUAUAACAGGGCCAUGGGCUCCACUUGUCAUCAGUGUCGCCAAAAAACCAUAGAUACCAAGACAAAUUGUCGUAACCCUGAUUGCAUAGGAGUACGCGGCCAGUUCUGUGGGCCGUGCCUCCGCAACAGGUAUGGGGAAGAUGUCAGAACGGCGUUGCUGGAUCCGACCUGGAAGUGCCCACCAUGUCGUGGAAUCUGCAACUGUAGCUUCUGCAGACAGCGAGAUGGCCGAUGUGCUACAGGUGUCCUGGUUUAUCUAGCCAAAUACCAUGGCUAUGACAAUGUCCAUGCCUACUUGAAAAGUCUGAAACAAGAACUUGGAAUGGAAGACUGAAGCCGCAACUGCCUUCAAAUUAUGUAGUCUUUCACAAAUAUCGCAUUAUUGCCUACAGUGAAUUGUUUAAUCAAGUGACUUUACAAACUCAGUGCAUUCCUUCCGUCACCUUUUGGGUUAAAAAAGGAUAAAGAACUAUCACACAUCUCAGUGCAAAUCAUACUUAGAAAAACUGUUUAAUGAAGGCCUUUUCCUACAGACCACUGGCAACAACUUACGUUUUUUGCUGCUUUUUUCCUGAAAGGAGAUGGGGCUUUAAACCAUUAGUUUUAUUCAUGUGAUGAUCUGUGCUGCAGUUUUAUUUAUGCUUGGAAGUUAAUCACAAAAAGAUACAGCUGUUCUGAACAUUCAGGGCACUGUUCCCACUGAGCCAAGUGGGGGAGGUAUAUGCUUAACUCAUGACCAACUUCAGCUGCAAUACAGACCCCUCCUGAAAAUAAGUGAUAGAAGGUAGCAAUUCUCUAAAACAGCUACUUGUUCUUAAGUUUAAAAAGGAAGCCCUAAAGGUUGCAGCAGAGCAGUCUCUAGGCAUUAUUCUAACAGUUUUAUAGAGUAUUCAAAGUGCAGACUCAUUUUGAGGUAAGUUCUCCACUGAGUGACUUAAAAAGUAUAGCAGAAGGAAUUGGGGGUGGGGACUUUGUAAUACAUUUCAUCACAUGGCAGGAGGCCACUGCCAAAAGCUUUCACGGCACCAGCAUUAGGAUUGCCUAGCAAUGACAGUGACAGAUGCAAAAGUGCUGGUAUACAUUGUGGAGUGACCGCUCUGUCUAAAAUAGAGUAUAUGCUAUGUUAAAUCAAUGUUGUGUUCAGGAGUUCACUUUUUCCUGCUGUUGCUGCCAACUGCUUCUGUGCAGAAUCGGCUCCGGUCCUGGGGAGGGGAGCCCUCAAGACCAGGGCUUGGAUAAGUACAGGAGCAGUGGUUCACGUGGCUUUUGGCCAGCUUCGAAGUGGGUUAAAGUGGUGAUUAGUUGAACUCGGGUGUCAAAGCACUGGGAUCAGGAGCCUGAGUUUUCUUCUACCUGUGAACAAAAUGAAAAGUAAGAAUUUUAUAAGCUACAGUCUAGCUUAAGUGAAAUAUUCUUCCAGUUGCAUAGAGCAGCGUAAGCUUGAAUAGAUAAUGUUCUCAAGAGACAUAUACCCUGGCUGUAGUAGCAGAUGAGGAGAAGCAGUUGCCUCAUCUAAAGGUUUUAAAAGAUAAAUGAAAAGGGAGGUGUAAUGGUUUGCAUACAGUUUGUGAGCACUUACAAAUGUGGUUACUGCUGUGGUCUCCUCAAUGGUCCAGCCGUAUUUCUAUGUCUGGCUCAACAUGGUUGUAGAAACACUUUACGUGAUGUUGUUAAUGAACUAUGAGUACAGCAAAAAUUGAACUGAAGAAUUCUAGUAUGCUGUGUGGAUGGGUUUUGUGUACUCAGUGCUGUAGAAAAGAAGGUGCCAUGAAAAUUACAUCUGGAGAACCACAAAAUGUAUAAAUGCUUAGUUUGGUAAUGGAAACUGCUGCAUAAGCUUUGUGUAAGACUUAGAACACGAUGUUAUAAAUAAUGUACAGUUGAAUAGUAGGCAGAAUCAGCUUGCAUUUAUUGAGCACUAGAACAAGACAUGGCUUUAGACCUCUCCAGUUGCACAGUAUUUGUACUGUAUGUGUAUAUAUAAUCUAUGUUUUAUACCUUUCUGGGAAGUACAUCAGCUUCUGUGGAAGGGGGAGGAGAAAGGAAUUUAGAAACAAAAAAUGUUUGUGUCAGACGUGCAGCUCUGUUUCACAAAUCAUCUGUGUUGUUGAAAAUCUCCGGUCCCUUCUUUGUCUCUAUUUUUAUAGUGUGAAUAGGUGUGCAAUCUAAGGUGGAGAGUGCUUUACCCUCUAGGUACAUUUCAUGAAAAAGCUCUAGAAAUAUGUGUUCUGACAGCUAAGAGUGAUUUUUUUUUUUUCUAAUUGUUGGGCUUGCCUUUUGAUUGCUAGAGUGUGAAAGGACUGUGUUAAAAGCAGACGCUUGUAUCAUGUCAUGGAGACUGCUGUAUUGAGAUUCCCUCAAAUCUAUGAAGUUCUGUACAAAGGUUUUUAUUUUGAUAAUAAAAGGUUUUUUUGGUUAGAA